AUGGUUGCCUUCAGCAUCAUUGCCACUUCUCUUGUCUCCUUCAUCCCCUUCGCUACUGCCAGUCCGACAGCGCGUCAGCAACCUGCCUACCUCGACUGGAAAACGUUCAAAGCCAAUGGUGUCAAUCUUGGAGGAUGGCUCGCCCAAGAAGCUGUCAUUGACCCAAAUUGGUGGUCUCAGAACUGUGGCACCACAACUGAUGAGUGGACUUGCUGUGCCCAACUAGGAUCAAAAUGCGGUCCUGUUCUCGAGCGACGCUAUGCUACGUUCAUCACGCCCACCGAUAUCGACAAGCUAGCUACUGCUGGCGUAAACGUCUUGAGAAUUCCAACAACGUAUGCCGCUUGGGUCAAAGUCCCCGGGAGUAGCUUUUACAGUGGCAAGCAAGCUCAGUUCUUCAAGAACAUUGCCUCCUAUGCGAUCGCAAAGCACGGUAUGCAUAUUAUCCUCGACAUUCACUCCCUUCCCGGAGGCGUAAACGGCAUGGGCUUCGGCGAAGGCGAAGGCCGCUUUGGAUGGUUCAACAAUGUAACGAACUUCGACUACUCUCUACGCGCUGUCGAUGCUGCAUUGGCUUUCAUCCAAUCCUCCGGUACUCCACAGUCGUACACUCUUGAGCCAAUCAAUGAACCAGUGGACAACCGCAACUUCACAACAUUUGGAACACCAGCCGCUUUGACGGAUAACGGCGUUGCGUGGACACAGAAGUAUUUUGACGCGGUUGUCGCGAAAGUAACGGCCGUAAACAAGAAUAUACCCGUUAUGUUGCAGGGUAGCUUCAAAGGUGAAGCAUUCUGGUCUCCCAGGUUCUCAGCUUCGGCCAAUCUGGUCUUUGACGUACACAACUACUAUUUCGCUGGGCGUCCCACAGACUCUGAUACUGUGAGUGCAGAUAUCUGCUCAGACGCCAAGGCAUCGGCAGGGGAUGGCAAGUUUCCUGUAUUUGUUGGGGAAUGGUCCAUCGAGACUGUGGCAGAUAACAAGUUUACCAACCGCAGGAAGAACCUGAACACAGGGCUGUAUGCUUUUGCAAAGUACACAAGAGGAAGUGCUUAUUGGACUGCAAAGUUUUUUGGUAACGUGCCUGUAGCGGGAGAGGGUGUCCAAGGCGAUUACUGGAACUACUCAGCUUUCAUUGACAUGGGUAUUGUCAAGCCAAGUGAGGGAACACAGUACUGCAACUGA